UUCACCUUUGGCCGGUCCCCCGGCUGCGAUUUUUUGCUGGAGCACCCUUCAGCCUCGCGCCUGCACGCCGUGCUUCAGUACCGGAGCUCCGACGGCCGCGCAUUCCUCUAUGAUGCCGGCAGCGCGCACGGCACCUUUGUGAACAAGAAGCAGCUCAAGCCCAAGGCCCACAUGGCGCUGCGGGUGGGGGACAUGUUCAAAUUCGGCCGCAGCACGCGCAUGUACAUCCUG